AUGCAUCCUUUCGCCUCUUAUGUCCUCCGCAGCUAUUACAGAGCUACAGGUUGGAAUGAAGACAACCUUUACGCAAAUCUGACUCGUUCUUCAAAUGCCAUUCUGGACUUCAGUGUUCCACGGGGACUGCACCUGUCCAUUUCAAAGUCACCCAAUCCUCUGUUCAAUACAUCAUAUUCCAUGAAUGCAAUGCCCUCACUGAAUGGCUCAGUAGGAUACAUUUUCACCUCGUGUGAUCUGGACGUGAAGAGCUCGGGAGCUGUGCGUUUUAAGGACAUGAUUGAGCGGUUCAAAGUGCAUGACCAACCGCGAAGACCUGAAGGGAAAGAGGAAGAAUGGCUUGCAGGCGAAAGAGUGGAUAAGCGUGACUAUCUUUUGUAUGGCCGACUGUACCUGCCGACGGGGAGGCUCGACGCUCUAUACUCUACACGGCUUUCUGCUACGACGCAAGCUCUCGUGGCAGCCAUAUCUGACCCACGCUCGACUCUAUCGGCUGACCGACGUUCACGUGGAGAUAAUGUCAGCAAUGUGAUGUUCAGUCUUCAACAUGAUGUGGGUAAAUGGUGCACGGAAUAUACUUGGAGUGCGGAAGAUGGCAUGUGGGGUGUGCGUGUUCUGCACAACUUCGGGAGACUUGGACACCCUGUAGAGUCUUCGACAGAUGAUUCAUCGAACUCGUCUGGGGCUCGAGCGAGGCAGAGACGCGUCGAUGAAGAGGAAGCGACUGAAGGCGGUCUCAAAGGCCGUGUAUCCGCUGGUGCUGAGUUUUAUAUCAGUGCAAAAGAACGCAGUGCAGGAGUCUCCACUGGCAUACGAUUUACCACUCUCCCUGAUGCAACUCCACCAUCAUUCCAGCUCCCUCCUUCAUCGUCUUCUCCGCUGUCACAAACCUCACCCCGAGGGCCGCCCUCACAACCUCCGACGACGAUCACUGCUCUGUUCAAUCCCAUGAUGGGCCAUAUAUCGACUGCAUAUUCAGCACGGGUCUCUCAUGAUCUCUCAUUGUCCUCUCGCUUUGAUUUUAAUGUCUACAGUUAUGAUAGCGAGUGGACGAUGGGUGCUGAAUGGUGGAUGCGACGGAGACCAUUAAAAGGUCCUGCGCAAGAGGAUAUAGAUCCGUCGCUGCCGUCUAUAGCUCCAUCUGAUCCUCCAGAAAUAUCGGUACCGGGUGAGGUUCGGGGUGUAGUCAAAGCUCGGAUAUCUACGAACAAUAAUAUGUCUCUGAUGUGGGAAGGACGUCUGAAGAAGAUGCUUGUUAGCUUGGGCGUUGUCUCCGAUUUGUCUAGCCGGUCCAAACCUAUCAAGGCAAUAGGACUUGAGCUGUCUUAUUUUAGCUCUGAGUAGAUGAGACUCGGAUGUACAACGAAAAUCUACCGACACUACAUACCUCGUGAAUGAAGUGCUUUCCAGAAGUCAUCA